UCCUUUUACAUAACCUCAUUUGAUUCCAACCUGUCAAAUGACUUUUUUCACCAAUUGAUUCAAAAAAAUGUGACCUUGUGUAAGCUUAAAGUGCCCAAAAAUCAACAAUAUGGAGAAAAACGGGGCUAUUUUCCACCCAAUCAUCAGUUCGAUCCAAAAAAUAGCUUUAUACGAAACGAAAUCGAAAUAUUAUCUGGUCGGCUCCAACAACACCCAGACCCGCUUUCGCGUCCUAAAAAUCGACCGCCAGGAAGCCAAAGACUUGAAAAUCUACGAUGACAAAGUGGAAUACACUGAGAAGGAAAUCCACGAUCUUGUCAACAUGAUUGACUCCGGCAAUCGUCAAAGAUCCGCAAACAGCGGUUUUUCUAAAGUGAUUUCCUCCUUCGGUAUCGUCGGUUUCAUCCGUUUCCUUGAAGGUUUCUACAUAAUUUUGAUCACAAAACGGCGCAAAGUCGCAGUUAUUGGCUACCACACAAUUUACAAAAUCGAGGACACUUCCAUGAUCUACAUCCCCCAUGAAUCCAUCCGUCUUGUCCACCCUGAUGAGCCCCGCUAUGUCAAAAUGUUCCAAAACAUCGACCUCGCCAGCAACUUCUACUUCAGUUACAGCUACGACCUCACCCACACCCUCCAACACAACCUCACGAACCCCAAACAGUUCGUCCCCACGCGGCAACAACCCCACCCCUUAACCACCCUCAGCCAAUGCGACUACGGCAUCCGCUCCAAGCCCCGCCUUAAAUUCGUCUGGAACACCCACUUGCUCACGCCCAUCGAGCCCGACCUCCACCCUGAUUGGCUCUUAUAUGUGACGCACGGUUUCAUCGGCCAAUCAAACAUUAACGUGUUUGGGCGUUCCGUUUACGUCACACUGAUCGCGCGACGUUCGGUCAAAUACGCCGGGACUCGCUUUUUGAAACGUGGCGCCAAUUUCGAAGGUGAUGUUGCGAAUGAGGUGGAAACCGAGCAAAUGGUGCACGAUUCGGGGGUUUCCUCGUUUAGUCAAAGUCGGUUUACUUCGUUUGUUCAAAUGCGGGGGUCCAUACCGGGGCAUUGGCGCCAAGAUAUGGGCAAAAUGGUGGCCAAACCCGCCAUUACAAUGGACUUGUAUGACCCGUAUGCCGAAACGGCAGGGGCACACUUUAACGAGCUUUUGACGCGGUAUGGGGCCCCCAUUGUCAUACUUAACCUAGUCAAACAACGCGAGAAAAAGAAACAAGAACGGUUGCUAAGCGACGAACUUAGUACAGCUGUCAAGUACUUGAAUCAAUUCCUACCGCCUGAUUACCAAAUUAUUUAUAAGACAUUUGACAUGGCGCGGAAAAACAAAGGCAAUAACGCCAACGUGAUGGGGCAUUUAGCCGAAAUCGCGAAAAAUGCCGUCAUGAAAACCGGUUUUUUCCACAACCAGGCAAAAUACUACGCGCAGAAAAGUAGCACACUUGUGGGGCAUUAUACCGAACGCGGGAGUGUCCAAACGGGCAUUAUACGCACGAACUGUGUCGAUUGUCUCGAUCGGACGAAUACGGCACAAUUCGCAAUCGGGAAAUGUGUGCUCGGGUACCAGUUAUGCGCAUUGGGCAUUUUGGACUCGCCUAAUCUAGAAUUCGACACGGAUUGCGUCCGAAUGUUGGAAUGCCUUUACGAGGAUCACGGCGAUACGCUUGCCUUGCAAUAUGGGGGCUCACAGUUAGUGCACCGCAUUAAAACCUACCGGAAGACAGCCCCCUGGACGUCGCAAGGCAACGAUAUUAUGCAGACGUUAAGCCGCUAUUAUAGUAACACGUUUUCGGACGCGGAAAAGCAAAAUACCAUUAACCUAUUUUUGGGCAUUUUCAUCCCGGAUGAGAACAAACCGCAGAUUUGGGACUACACGUCCGAUUAUUAUUUCCAUCACAAACCGAUUGUUUACACCAAUAAGUCGUUGACGCAAUGGUGGGACGCGCAAGUGUUGGAAUGCCUCCCGUAUGCCUAUAAUGACAUGACGAAGGCAUGUUCUGAACUUAUUCAAGUCCAUUCAAAGGACGCCGAAAUGAUAGAUGCCUAUGCUGAUUAUCACAAACCGUACGAAUUGAGUGUUUUGAAUGAUGUUUAUGCCUUUAAAAUUAGUAACUCGGUUCGGGAUUUUAUGCCCAAUUGUACUACCGAUUAUAGUCCGUUUAUAAUACGGAUAAGGCCAGUCAGGCGAAGGGAGGAGAAUUCAAAUAAAGGUUUUGCAAUGAAAAAUCCUUCAGUUACGGGGCAAAGUUCCACCAGUUCAGCUGCGUCCAGUUCAAGUUCCGAUGUCGAUUCGUGCGAUGAUGAGGACAGUACGUACACGAAUGAGUCCCAAGGGACUACUUCAAAGGAGAGUACUCCAGAACCCAUCACUUUUAAGGCGCUUUUCCCGUCAAUGAAGGAAAUUUACGGGACGCAGCUUCAAACACCCAAAAAAACCGACGUAGGGAUGUACAAAAAGUAUGUUUUAAUCGGGAAGAAGGCAAACGGAACGGCGAAAAACACAAAUACUCUUCCUUCUUUGGCACUUUUUAAGCCACAAAGUAACUUUUCAGAGGACUCUUCCGUUCAAGUUAAGCCGCCAAAGGUCGAUAAGAGGUCGAUUCAAGUCUAUCAGAAUUAUAUUAAUGUGGGAAUCAACGGCGGCUCGGAACCCAAAGCCUCCGAUUUAGCCCUAUAUCAGAAAUAUGCUAGUUUUAAGUGAUUUUAAAUAUAUUCGAUUUGAAUUUA